AGACGUGGGGUGGGGGUCCCAGAGCAGCCCCCAGCAUGGCCCUGCAGCCCCCCAGCCCCACUGCCCGGCUGCUGUAGCCCGGAUCUGCGGCCGGCGGUGCCGUGGGGCUGGGGGCUGCGGCUGCUUCCCCGCCAGCAGACCCGGGGUGGCCGAGCCGCGGCGGGCAGACAACAGGCUCUGGCUGUUUUCUCAUCCUGCAGGAAUUCGGCUCCAUGGGCCGGGCAUUUUUUUCCCCUCCUUUCACUCUCUCUCUUUGGAGACUUUCCGCAUUCUGCCUUUGAUCUCCCCCCUGUGUUUGCCCAGUCGAUCGGCUCAGACGGGGUUAGAGGCUGAGGUCAGCGCCUUUUCCAUUCCAAACACCCAGAAACAUCAGUGAGAAGGGAGGGGAUUCAGAUUACAACCUUCCCGUCCUCCCCUUCCACCCCUGCCCCACACGCAGGCUGCACCCCAGCCCCACUGCCCGCUCCCGCCGUGCUGGGAGCUUGGCCCUGCCGCCACCGCCACGGCUUCGGGGUGCCAGGCAUGGAGUGAGCCCCCCAGGCAGCACUGGGGACACCAGCGAGGCUGAGCCACCACCGCACGAUGCUGUCCCCAUCACCCUGAGGGCUCAGCGAUGGACGGAGGUGCCGGGCAGCAUCCCCGCAGAGCCAGCACGCUGCAGGCGCACUAAACCACAGCGGUUUGGACCUCAUCUCCUCCUCCUCUUUGUCCUCCCUGCCUCCUUUUUGAUUUUUUUUUUGAUUUUUUUUUUUUCCCUUCCAUCCAAUGUGAUUUGUGCCGAGCUUCGCGGCAGGGCACAGGGCAGCCAGAUGCCUCGCCGGAGUUUUGGCCGCCCGGGACCCCGGGUGCACGCAGGCGGGCGGCAGCUCGGCGGGGCUGAGCCGAUGCUUGCGGCUCUGCUCCUGCCCUUGCUGGCCGCCGUCGCCACCGGGCUGAGCCUGCAGCCGGUCAGGAUGAGGCACCUGGGGGUCUGCCCCAACCAGCUGAACCCCAACCUCUGGGUGGACGCGCAGAGCACCUGCGAGCGGGAGUGCCAGGCCGACCAGGACUGCGAGGGCUUCGAGAAGUGCUGCACCAACGUCUGCGGGCUGCGCAGCUGCGUGGCCGCCCGCUUCGCCGACGGCAGCCUGCCGGCAAUGGAGCUGGGCCGCGGGCCCUCGUGCGAGAGCUUCGUGUGCGCGCAGCAGGGCUCUGACUGCGACAUCUGGGACGGGCAGCCCGUCUGCAAGUGCAAGGACCGCUGCGAGAAGGAGCCCAACUUCACCUGCGCCUCCGACGGCCUCACCUACUACAACAAGUGCUACAUGGACGCCGAGGCGUGCCUGCGCGGCACGCGCCUCACCACCGUGCCCUGCAAGUACAUCUUCACCUGGCCCGACACCAGCCCCGUGCCGCGGGAGACGACGGCGCGGCCCACGCCGGGUGCCGGCCCCGAGGUGCCGGUGCCCCCCGCCCUCUACAGCAACCCCUUCCACCAGGCCGUGCGCGCCGGCGGCACCGUCAGCUUCCGCUGCGACGUGAGCGGCCGCCCGCGGCCCGACAUCACCUGGGAGAAGCAGAGCGACCGGGCCGAGAACUUCAUCAUGCGGCCCGACCAGAUGUACGGCAACGUGGUGGUCACCAACAUCGGGCAGCUGGUCAUCUACAACGCCCGCCAGGAGGACGCCGGCAUCUACACCUGCACGGCCAGGAACGCCGCCGGGCUGCUGCGCGCCGACUUCCCGCUCUCGGUGCUCAAGAGGGAGCCCGGGGGGGCCCCGCGGGCCAGCAGCCCCCAGCCCUUCCCCAGCGCCGAGUGCCUGAAGGAGCCCGACCGGCGCCGCUGCGAGGCCCUGGAGGUGCGCUGGCACUUCGACGCCAAGCAGGGCUCCUGCCUCACCUUCCGCUACGGCGGCUGCGGCGCCAACAGGAACCACUUCGAGACGUACGAGGAGUGCCGCGCCGCCUGCCUGGGCAGCGCCCGGCCCACCUGCCUGCUGCCCAUGGUGCAGGGCCCCUGCCAGAACUGGGAGCCCCGCUGGGCCUACAACCACCUGCUGAAGCAGUGCCACUCCUUCGUCUACGGCGGCUGCGAGGGCAACAACAACAACUUCGACAGCAAGGAGACCUGCGAGGACGUCUGCCCCUUCCCCAAGAGCCUGCAGUGCAAGGCCUGCCGCCUCAAGAGCAAGAUGGUGCUGAGCCUCUGCCGCAGCGACUUCGCCAUCGUGGGGCGGCUGAUGGAGAUCGUCGAGGACCAGGACUCGGGCAUCGCCCGCUUCGCCCUCGAGGACGUCCUGAAGGAUGAGAAGAUGGGCCUCAAGUUCUUCAACAUCAAGUACCUGGAGGUGACCUUGACCGACAUGGACUGGAGCUGCCCCUGCCCCAACAUGACGGCCGAGGACGGGCCGCUCAUCAUCAUGGGCGAGGUGCACGACGGCAUGGCCACGCUGGACCCCAGCAGCUACGUCCGGGCAGCCAACGACAAGCGGGUGAAGAAGAUCUACGAGCUGAUGGAGAAGAAAACCUGCGACCUCCUCAACCGCUUCCAGGACUAGGGGCGAGCCGGGAUGCGCAGACGCGGGGGCUGCGGGGCUGCAGACCCCUGGUGGGGGGGGACAGGCACGCCCAAGCCCGCAUUUAUUUAGCAGUUAUCACCAUUUUGUAGUUCCCUCCCCUGUAAUUUAUCUGUCCGCAUGCCCUCCCCAUGUACCCCCAGCCUGGGCAGCAGCAAUAAAGGACUGGGCUGGGUUGCAGA